UUGGUGAUGGAGAGAAAGUUCCCGGCAUAAAAUCUGAGAAAAAACAAUGUCACAGGCAGUGGGACCAGACGGUUCUGAUUCUCCGGCAAGAGGAAAUAGCAGUUGCAUGUUCUACAAGUUGAUGAUUGCUUCCAUUCUCCAAGAAAAGAAGCUGCUAAUUAAAGAUAUACUUCUUCUUUAUCAUCGCUUGAACAUGGUGAACCUGAACUAUGCCAUGGACUUGGUCUUGGAGAUUCAAUCACAAACAACUCUGACCCUAUUGCAUGCAAGUCUCCCGUAUGGCCAUCUCAUGAAGUGGUGAACAAGGUUUCCUUCAGUCAGACAAGAAAGAUGAGAUAGGUCUUUUAUUGCAUUGUAUAAGUCUUACAAAAUGGAGAUCUCUACACUGCUAAUAGUCUACUUAUCCUGGAAAUAAUAUUCUAGAGUCCGAAUAUACCACUCUUUAGAAAGUUUCUUCAAUUUCUGUAUAUGAUUGCAGUUCAAGGGUACUACCUCUUUUAUAUAGCACUCUUCUGUAGCUAUUUUAUGCUUUGGCAUGUCACAUUGAAGUAACUAUGAGCCUUCCUUUUUAGUCUUUUGUUGCACUUGUUCUUCAAAAAAGCAUUAUUGUAUUAAUGUCUGCUCAUCUCAUCUAAAUGAAGUCCAGAAAGUUUCUGGAAACUCUGGUUGUCAAAUUUAGUCUCAAAAUUCUGGCCUUCUGAAGUUGUUUCUUCUUUGUUAUGAAGUUGACUUUAUUUUUAUGCCAACAGAGGAUCCCUGAAAAGUUUGUCAAGAAAUAUGGAGAUGAACUUUCUUCUAUUGCUACACUUACUGUUCCCAAUGGUCGAAUGUGGCUGGUGGAACUAGAAAAAGUUGACAGGAAGUUAUGGUUCCACAAUGGUUGGCAUGAAUUUGUAGAAUACUACUCCAUUCGUGUUGGGUAUUUCUUGGUCUUCAGAUAUGGAGGGGAAUCAAACUUUAAUGUUUAUAUAUUUGAUCUGGCAGUUUCUGAGAUAAGUUACACAUGUAAUAUUCCGGGUAGUUUGCAGGAACCAUGUCAUGAUAAUCAAUACAUAGCAGCCGAUAAGAGACGUGUAGUGGAUAAUGACCUCAUAGAGAUCUUGGGUUCUGGCCCACCAUGCCAUACUCCUAUUUCCUCAAGAAGCGAAUUUUUUGAUAAAUAUGUGCAUUGCAACUGGACUAUAGCUGGAAACUAUGAGGCCAGCAGAGAGAAACUGCUUCUAAGAAAAGAUAAAUAUGAUAUGGAAGAAAAAGUUCAAUCUUCUCAGGAUAUAGGUGUACAGGUUGAUGAGAGUGAGCUUAUAAGAACUGCUGAUAAAGUUGGUUUGCCUGUCUUGGGUGAAGCAGAAGGGAGAACCAGGAGAAGAAAACAGAGAACUGAUCCUAUUGAACAUGAACCAAUAAUCAAACAGGAAGUGGAUGAAAUACCAAUUUGUACAAGUACAAAUAUUGCUUCUGAAACUUUUACAAGAAGGUGGAGACCUGUAACGCCAGAAGAGAAGCGGAGAACAAUUUCUGCUGCUGAUAAGUUCAAGUCUGAUAAUCCAUUUUUCAAGGUUAUCUUGCGACCAUCCUAUGUAUAUAGGGGCUUUCUUCUGCACAUUCCAUCUAGCUUUGCUCGAAAGUAUUUGACAGUCACAGCAUUCAUCACACUUCAGGUUUCUGAUGGAAAACAAUGGCCUGUCCGCUGUGUUAGUGGGAAAGGGGGAGCUAAGUUAAGCAAGGGAUGGACAGAAUUUGUAUGGGAAAAUAGUUUGGAAGAAGGAGAUGUAUGUGUCUUUGAGCUGAUUAAUAUGAUUGAUAUUGUGCUGAAAGUUACCAUAUUUCGGGUACUUCAAGAUGCAGCGCCAGUAAAUCAACUUCCAAGUAGAAUCAUGCCUAAAUUAAACUAAUCAUAAUUUACUUGGUGAUUUCUGACUUGUAAAAAUCUGUCAGGUAUAUCUAUCUUCUUGGUUGUUCUUUUAA